AUGACUUCCUGUGCCUUCUCUGUUUUCGUGGGAUAUGCUUCCAGCCAGCCUGUCAUGGAAUCGACAAAGAUCAAAAGAGCCCGAAAACCUUUUGCCUUAGGCAUCUCUGUAAAGUCUACUAUCAAAUUCUCCAUUGGCAUUGAGCCUGUCUGUUAUGAGCAAGACUCAGCUGGCCCUGGAAGAGGCCAUGCCAACGAAACUGGGAGCAGUGGGGGGUUAUGGGAAAACACUGUGCAGAAGAUCCUGGGUGAGGAGGACACCCUCUGCUCAGAGGUGCAGAGCCAGCAGGUGAGGCAGUUCUGCUUCCAGGAGGCCAAAGGACCCCGAGAGGUUUGCAGCCGACUCUACCACCUUUGCCAUCAGUGGCUGAAGCCAGAAAGGCACACGAAAGCUGAGAUGCUGGACCUGGUGAUCUUGGAGCAGUUCCUGGCUGUCCUUCCAUCGGAGAUGGAGAGCUGGGUGAGGGAAUGCGGAGCGGAGACCAGUUCGCAGGCGAUGGCCCUGGCCGAAGGUUUCCUCCUGAGUCAGGCAGAGGAGAGAAAGUGA